CGGCGGCGGCGCGGCGGCGUCACGCGCCGUGCGGCGGCCAUGGCGGGAAGCGAGCUGGCCCGCGGGGCUAGCGCCUCGCCGCCGCCCCCCAGCGACUGGGGCCGCCUGGAGUCGGCCAUCCUCAGCGGCUGGAGAACGUUCUGGCAGUCGGUGGGCAAGGAGAGGGCGGCGCGGACGGCCUCCCACGAGGAGGCGGGGGAGGAGACCAGUAUCCUGAUGCGGCUGCCGAUUGAUGUACAGCUAUAUAUUUUGUCAUUUCUUUCACCGCAUGAUCUGUGUCAGUUGGGAAGUACCAAUCAUUAUUGGAAUGAAAUUAUACGGGAUCCAAUUCUGUGGAGAUAUUUUCUGUUACGGGAUCUUCCUUGUUGGUCUUCUGUUGACUGGAAGUCUCUUCCAGAUCUAGAAAUCUUAAAAAAGCCUGUAUCUGAAGUCACUGACAGUGCAUUAUUUGAUUAUAUGGCAGUUUAUAAAAUGUGCUGUCCAUGUGCAAGAAGAGCUUUGAAAUCCAGUCGUCCUAUGUAUGGAGCUGUCACCUCCUUUUUACACUCGUUGAUCAUUCAGAAUGAACCACGAUUUGCUAUGUUUGGACCAGGUUUAGAAGAACUGAAUACAUCUUUGGUGUUGAGCUUGAUGUCUUCUGAAGAACUUAGUCCAACUGCUGGUUUGCCUCACAGACAGAUUGAUGGUAUUGGAUCAGGAGUCAGUUUUCAUUUGAACAAUCAACAUAAAUUCAACAUCCUGAUAUUAUAUUCAACUACCAGAAAAGAGAGGGAUAGAGCAAGGGAAGAGCGUACAAGUGCAGUUAACAAGAUGUUCAACCUACAGCUUGAAGGAGAUGACCAACAAAGAAGCCGAUACAGUGUAAUUCCACAAAUUCAGAAGGUCUGUGAAGUUGUAGAUGGGUUCAUCUAUGUUGCAAAUGCUGAAGCUCAUAAAAGACAUGAAUGGGAAGAUGAAUUUUCUCAUAUUAUGGCAAUGACAGAUCCGGCUUUUGGAUCUUCAGGAAGACCAAUGCUGGUUUUAUCUUGUAUUUCUGAAGCACAUGUGAAAAGAAUGCCCUGUUUUUAUCUGGCCCAUGAGCUGCAUCUCAGUCGUAUAAAUCACCCAUGGAUGGUCCAGGAUAUAGAGGCUGAUACUCUCACUGGCUUUUUGAAUGGCAUUGAGUGGAUUCUUGAAGAAGUAGAAUCUAAGAGGGCAAGAUGAUCCUCAUUUUGGACCUUCAGAACUGUGGAGAAAUUUGAGACUCAGAGAAGUGAGGAUUUCUGUUACCACGCCAUGUUGUGAUGUCACUGUUCAGUUUCCUGUUUUGGGGGGACUGGAGAAGAAUUCACCUCAUACAUCCCUGGCCAGUGAGGAAAUGGUUUCAAAAUGAAGAGUUUAUUGCAAAGCAGGAUAUGGCUCACCAGACAAGUCAGGACUCCCCUGGAGUACGGACAACAUGAGUGUCUUUGUUUCGAUUUCUUUUAUUUUUCUAUACUUUUUUUACUUUAUUUAUUCCCCACACUACUCUUACAUAUUCAUGAUUUAUCCAUGCACUACUUUCAAUUUUGAGGUAUGCAUGCAUUUCCCCCCUUUCCUGAAUCUUAAGCCGGUAACAAUGAGGACAAGUCACCAGGGAUGCUCAGGGCAGUCAAGGUGCAUGCUCUACUGCAUGGAAAAUCCCUGUCCUGCUUUAUGGUUAGGGUCUAGCCUUUUCCAGUUGAUUGAGAGCAUUUCAAUUGGUCCAGCACCCCACUUCCCAUCAUCAGAGAGAGCAGACUAUAGCAGCUCUGUCAGCCUUCCGAAAAGAACAGCUGAUGCCCCCUUGCCACAUAUCUGACUAGCUGCUGUAAUGGUGUGACUAGUAGAGAGAACACGAGAGGCGAACACUUAAAAAGAGUAACAAGCUAUUAAUGGUUAAUUAAGAAAUCAACUUGAACUCUACUAAAUUCUCAUCAGUGCUAUAUUUUUACUCUCUAGGGGUGAAACCAAGCAAACGUAUGCGUGCAGAUUCUGGUAUUGAAAGUAACCUAACAAAUUCCAGUUACGCAACUCUUAUCUUGAUGACAAUGAGGGUAUCCCUUAAAUUUUGAAUCUCAGACUUCUCAUAUACAGAGUGAGGAUCAUUAUAUUUGUCUUGUAUUUCAGCUUGGCUAUGUCAAGAAGUGAAUGUUAGUAUCUGGGCAAGUAAGUUCUCCUCUGUGGGAGGACCUUAUCUUUGACACUGGCAUUCUAAAUGGGGCUUUUCAGUGUCAUUCUGUGAAAUGCUUAUCCUGUCAUAUGACAGCUAUUUUAUAAGUAUGAUUAGUUAGUCCCAACAUUGAUAUGAAAAGUAAGGGUCAGUGUUAAUCAAAAUUCUAUUACCAGCAUUAAAAACUCGUGAUGUAUUGCCCUUAUAGAUGCUAUGUUCUAAAACUGCAGUUAAAGCAUAAUAUAUAUUUUAUUUAUACACAGAAAAAGUAUAAUUUUCCCAUUAUUGUUAGAAUGGUUCCUUUGAACUUUGAAAUCUUUCUAAUUACUCUGUCAAGGAAUUUUCAGUGGUUUACCAUUUCCUUAAAAAUAAGGUCUAAAAGCCCGCUAUCACUAUAGGAAAGAGAAACUUUCUUGAUCUUUUGGCAACGUUUAGUGACAUAAAAACGCUGAUGGGUUGUGAAAUUGUAGUUGUUACCAUAAUGAUGAAGGGUACUCAAACUUUAUUCAUGAAACAUUCCUAAAUAAAUCAGACAAAAGUAUGAGACUAGAUAAAUAUUACAAGUUUUUGUUGUUUAUAAAAUAUUGUGGCGCUUGGGGAUGCAACUCAGAGCACUUGUCUAGCAUGCACAAGUCCCUGCAUUCAAUCCCCAGUAUGGUGAAAAAUAUAUGUAUUUCAUAUUCAUAGAAAAAAUGAAAAAAAUGGAGUUCAGUAAUGCAUUCCUACUAUUUGUGAGGCUUUGAUUACAAGUGGUGCAGAAACAAAUAACAAUUUACAGCUUCUGGCACAAAUUGUGUUUUUAGCAGUUUUUUUCCUCAGCUAAAAUUGUGAUUGAACUUGUCAGCUUUUUGCAAAAUUACGUAAAUUUGUAAUUUAAAAAUUAGUGUGCUAUGAUCAGAUACUUCUUUUGACAGGAAACAAAAUAAAUAUUUAACUCAAA